GCGGCGCGGUGUGUUGCCCGUAGCUGUUGUGGUGGUGGUCAGGUUACAGGUGGACGAGCAGCUUCACGUCUCCUCGCCCAUUACAGGAAGAUGAGGGUGGCGCUGGGCUGUGUGCUGCUGUUCCCUGCCGCGCUGCACCUGUUGCUGUGCCCCGCCCGUGCAGCAAGUACAGCUCUCGCCGCUCGUCGCACCCUCCCGCCCCUAUAUCACGCCCGGCACGCCCGCCACGACCCACUGCUGGACCUGGGACUCCUUGCAGGCUUCUCCCGCCACCUCAGUCUCACCCCUCGGGACACGCCCCUCACCCCUCAGCCCCUUGAUGACCUGAGCCUCACCCUCAUGGAACGUCCCCCUGUGCACGCCUUCCCGCCCCUUAAUGACGAUCUCCGACGCUCAGAUCUUCGGGACGUGAGCGAUUUUCCCAUAAGUGACUUUGAUUUACUUCAGGGGCUACUGGACGACCCUGAGGCGAGUACUGGGGUGAGGGAAAAAGGGCGGAACAUCUGCAGGGGCUACAUGGUGUCAGGGAAUGCUUGGUGCCCUUCAACAGUACUGCAGAUGCUGAGUGGGCGCCCAUCCUUCCCCGCCAAGCCCCAGCCAGCCCACCGGAGCUCCGAGUCCCCCUGGCCAGCGAUGCACGCCCCAUGGCUUAAGGCACCCCCAGCCAAGCGAUACCUUGGCAUCGAGCUCCCAGACUACAUCGCCACGAGCUACUCCUCUAUCAAGACUGACAAUGCGCACUACCUCACCAAACUGCACCAACUCAAACAACGCAUGCGCUCUGCUGGGAAAUAAACUACUCACCGUGUGUGUGUGUUGUGUGUGUGUGUGUGUGAUUAUGCAAGUAUAUAAGGUAUCCCACGAAGUAUUAUCUGUUACUUGUAUAGAAGAAAAUAUAGAUAUAAAAAUGCCUCCUCCCAAGUCUGGCAUCUUUGUAACAGCCGCUUACUAAACAAAAGACGGCAAUAAAACACGAGUGGAAAGAUUUGUAACGUAUCAAUUUUUCAUUACAUUUCCUAAACUUGAAGAAAGGACGAGGACGACAUUUCCUUUAAGUCGUUCCACUGAGAUUCAUCGAGUUUAAGGUUCCAAGACUUAGAUUAUUAGGUGAACAUUAUCCUUUCCACUCACAAUCUACAAGAAACAAUCAACUUAUGUACAUGCACUAAGUGAUAGAAUUCUCUUCCCGACAAGGUCCUUUAGAGAGUUUAUUUAAAUCGGAAGAAUGUAACAAAAAACAAAAAAA